AUGACCGGAGACAAUCAACCCACAACACAUCACCUUUUCAAUUCAAGAGAUCGACGACCACCGAAGCUCGAGCUAAGAGAGAAAAGGGGUUGUGUUAUAGAUGUGACAAGACAUGGCAUAUUGGCCAUCAUUGCAAAAAUAAAGAGCUCCACGUACUAUUGGUUAGUGAAGGCCGAGAGGGCGAGUGAGGGAGUGGAGGAUACACUAGCAGCGAGGGAUAGGCGAGGGCGAUUUCGAGGGAGUGGAGUUGUCCUUGAACUUGGUAGUGGGAUUAUCCGAACCAUGAACCUUAAAGCUAUGGUGACCCAUAAUUUUAUUUUUCAAGCUUUGGUGGAGAAGUCGAACUUACCAAUUUUGGAUACUGUGAACUAUGAAGUUAUAGUGGGAAAUGGCCAACGAGAUGAAGGGAAAGGGGAUUUGUAA